AUGGACGCUGCCAGGCUUGGCUCUGCGGUAGCACCACGCUUGAUGCGCCGUCCGCCCAUUGCCUGCCAAAGAGCAGUGCAGUCUCUUCACUCUCCCGCCCUUCAACAUGUAUGGAUUGCCGAUGACCAGCUAUCAAUCGCCGUCAAUCGCUUCUUUCGCACCACUUGUCCAUACCAGAAGCGACAUGGCAGUCAUGUCCCAGGACCAUUGGAGGCCAGGAGGAGGGCCGCGAAGCGUCGCAUGACGGCCUCUGCGGCCUUCUACCCCCAGGAUCACUUUUUACCGUCUUUCAAUCUCCGCGCUUUGUUUGCCUUUCGCAGGAGCCCAUCACCAGCUUGGCAGUAUCAACCACCGUCAUUGCCCAAGCAUGUGCCAUCGGUAGACGAUGCCCUGAAACCUCCACUUCCCUCUUCCACGCAUUGCGAAACUACGCCUCUAGUCGAGUCCGCGAACCCCGCCCUCUCCCAUGAUCCCACCCAUGAAUCUGAAGAAGAUCCGCACCAAGUCGCACAUACAGCAGUAAACCGUCUCGACAAUGCUGGGAUAGGAAGCGCUACAGACUGUGAAAGUGUACAUGAGGUUGAUCUGGCUACUAUCAGUCGACUGGAGCCUGCAACAUCAGACGCUGUGGACAUUCAGGCAUGCUUUGAUCAAUUCAAGACUGCAAUCGCUCAAACGGAUAGCACGAGUCGGAAGCAAGAUCUGAUCAGCGCCUUCGAGUCAUCUUGUCCUCCUCUCUGCGCCAAUGCCUGGGAAUACAAUGUCAUGGUCAUCGAGCAUCUGCUCGAAAGGAAUUGGGACCCUGCCCCACUGCUAGCCUUAGCAGAAGAUCGACCUUUUUUGUUUACCCUGCCACCCACAUAUACUUCGGCGCAUCGAGAAUUGUUAAGACAUGCCCAGAAGAUUUCCAUUGCUUUUCCACAUGGCAAUCGACAGCUACAUGCCCUGUAUGUAAGACUGGCACAGGCAGCUGCCAGUGCCGACAUCUCCAUCGACGCCACACAGGAUGCUGAACUGAUUGCGAUUUGCCGUCAAUUGUGGCAGUCGUCUCACACCCUAGGCUCGAAGCUUUGUGACUCAGUCAGGGAACUUCUCUGUGCUGUCGCCAGCAAACUCGAAAACCAGCAGACCAGAGUCGCGUUGCAUCCCGUGCUGGCCCAAAUAUACAGCAAAGAUGGAUCAAAACAUGCGAUCAUGCAAUUGAUUUCCCGGGCUUCCGCAAGUCUUGAUCAAUACGUUGCUGCUGCUAACGUACUCUGCUGCAUGCCCCGAAACCUGCUUCUCGACAUCAUUCCAACGUAUACCUUGCAUCUUUCUUCCGUGAAAAGGAAGAGUAGAGCUGCGGUCAGCACGCACAAGGCAAAAUGGAGCACUUGGUUGGAGCUCAUCUGCCGUGCCGAAAAAGAUUCCGCUUUAGGCCUUGCUUUCUUGGAUGCGGCUAUUGAACCCCUUGCGAAAGCUGCCUUCCAUAAGGUUUCCAAGGAACCUUCCACUCGCCGCUACACAGAUUGCGUCAGACCGGAGAAUCUGCUGCAUACGCUGUUAUUCAAGUUUGCGGAACAAGAUGCAGUAUAUGCCACGUCCAAACUCACAAUAGCACAGUCCAUCGAUUCCUCACUGCUGUCCAUAUCGUCAAGAAACGAGGUCCUGCAACCAGAAGCCGUUGUGGCAACGGUACUAUCGGCACUCAAGAAGGCAUGUCUUCCUCACGGCAAAUUCGCAGAUGCGGUUGCCGCACUGCUUGCGCAGCACGGAAAUCUAGGCACCUUGGUGAAGUUCAUGAACAAGUUGAAAGAUUGCCGACUUGCCUUGAGUGAGACCUCUGCCGUCGAUGCCGUUAUUCAGGACAGAAUGAAUGCCUUGCAGCAACAGGCUGCUUCCUUGACGAACACCCAGGUUCAGCAUAACGCUUUGACACUACACAAUUGCCAAAUCAUCUCAAGCAUGCUGAGGAAGAUAGCAUCUGUUCCGGUUGUCGAGCGUGAAACUGUAGCGUCCACAGUAUUCACGGCUGUACGAGUUCAGCGACAGGUACAACAUAUUCUUGACCGCGCUGACGCAGCUUGCGCUCUACCGCUUACACUCCGCAAUCUGAGCACCGACAUGAUGCUCGAGGAUCGCGUCGCGCUCAUCCAUCAACUGGCCCAUCAAUACUCCCUAGAUAGAACGCGCUCUCAUCGUGAGGCAUGGCGAGCCAUUUAUUAUCUGUACAAGCAUCUCAAAGAGCACUCUUUGACUAUCGGCCAUCUCUUCUCUAGGGCUGUAGUCCGCACCUCCAUCAUCCGACCCCUGUCUGAGCAACGGUUCGUGAGCGCAAGACGGCUGAUAUGGGUAUGCCACCUUGUCGCAAGAGUCGAGGGCGAGGAGGUAGCAAAGCAGAUUGAGCGUGACUUUUGGCAGUGGCGCGGCGAUUUGAUCAAGCACGCAAAGCAUAUACAUGACAGUGUUGGGGCUGAUAGAAGGGAGAAGGCGCAUGUGUCAACCAUGAAGAAAAUGGGGAUGCUUUGA